GCAGUUCGUUUCUUCUCCGUAUUAUUGUUCGCCCUGCCAAGAUGCAUAUUGCACUUUCGCUAGUUGGUUUCACAUUUCUUGCGGUGCAGUGUCACUCUCGAGCAUCUGGAGAGAUUGAUAGGCAAUAUCCAAUAGAAACAGUGUUGUACCAAUAUACCGAUCGACGCAAUAUUGGACAGGGAAAUUUACUGCAUCGGGUACCAAGGGCAGCGGAUCUCAAGUACGAAACAGAAACGAACUAUCCUCAAGAAACUAGACCCGAAGCGCCUCAAGGGUCGAAAAGACAUGUUCUGCCCCGAUCCGCUGAAGACAAAAAGCCAAUUGUUGAACAAUUCCUGAAGGAAGUCACCCCAACUACCAAAACGGCUUACGAUCCAAGAAACCAGAAAGCUGAGUCUCAAUUAUAUCACCAAUGGGUCCAAGAAACGCACAAACAGCCGCCUAUAGCUCAAAACAUUUUGGCCUACCAAAACGCAUUGAUAGCACGCCAAAAUGCCAUUUACGAAAAGCAAAGAGCUGACCAAUUGCAGAAACAGGUAGCGACUCUGCCCCACGCUGGAGUGUAUUUGUCUCACUAUCCACAGAACACCGAGUCGAAUCAAAAGUUUGGCAAGUUAAAAACCAUUCCGAAUGAUGAGGUGCAGUAUUAUGCAAAUCUUCCGUAUGAGAGGGAGUUCAAAAAGUCCAAGGAUCAGUUGAAAGUGAAACAACCAGCGUAUAAAACCGUGAAUUUGCAUAAAACUGCUCCGGAGGCUAAAGUGGAAAAUAUCAAUGCACCUGAAGAAGUUUAUUAUAGCGAUGUGAAGUUCAAGCACGAGUAUAAUAAUGAUAAUAAUAAUAAUAAAAAUGUGUACGCGCCUCCCAAGCAGCCGUACAUUAAAAUAGAACACGUCCAAAGUCAUGCUCCGGCUCAAAAAACUGCUGGAGAAGACUAUGCCAAAUACGAACAGGGAUUCAACAACAGGAACAGUAAACUGGAAAAAACCGUACCAUAUGGAAAACAGGAAAUUAUCCAGAAAAUUACUGCAACGCCCAAGACUCCAGAUGUAAUUUACUACAGCGACGUUAAGUUUGAGCACGAUUAUAAUAAUAAAAACGAUGACUACGAGACAAAACAGCCCUACGUUAACAUACAGACCGGCGUCCAGCCAAAAGCAGACAGUCCCAAAUCUGGUGCUCCAGACGUGGUUUAUUACAGUGACAUCAAGUUUGAGCAUGCAUAUGACGACAAUGAAAAGCCUGACUACGGGGCUCAACCAUAUAUAAAGGCUGACGGCAAACAGAAGGACAAAAAAGGGAAAUCAGGCAAUGCUGAACAUGAUUUAGUCUACUACACCGACAUUGAGUAUGAACAUGAAUAUAACGACCAGAAGGACGACUACAAACCGCCAAAUAUUAAAACGAAACACUCGCACAAGACAUCGACAUUGCACAAAACAGACAACUCUCGACCGACGUCGCCUCAACAUCAAUACUACAGCGACCCGUACGAUCACGAAUUUGACAAAAACAAAGACGAUUUUGGGCCUAGUCAAGGCUACGUUAUUACAAAAACUACCCCUAAAACUAUUACAACCCAGAAACUACAAAAAACUAAAACGACUUCGAAUCCUGAUCAUGCUUUGGAUCAUUUUGCCGAUGCAGAAUAUGACUAUGAGUACAACAAACAUCGAGCCCAGAUCGAAAACGAUGAACCAUACGUAGACACCCAUUAUGGAGACAUUGAAUACGAAUACAACAAGCAAAGAGCGGAAAUUGAGGCUGAACACCCAUACAUCAAAUCGCAUCACUCUGAGAUUGAUUACGACUACAACAAGCAGAAGGAUGACAUCGAAGCCCUACACCCAUACGGAAAACCGCUAACCAAUCGCAAGGUGAUACUGGGAGACAAACCGAGAAAGUCUAAACCUUAUCAUCCAGCGGAAGAUUUAGCGGCUCGCUACGCCGACUUUGAGUAUGAGUAUGAGUUGACAAAGAAACGAGCAGAAUUUGCCGAAGAACCAUACUCAGAUACAGAAUACGAUGACGACAAAGACGAAAAAAACCCCUCCGUAAACAACAACAACCUCGUCUACAGAACAAAAACGCAAUAUGAGGAUGGUCAUCAUAUAAAUAGAGAACCGGACACCCAAAAACCAGCAGCUCCCAAGUUUCAGGCCAGAAUUAUUCAAAACUCCCAACCAGAAAUUAUACUACUGUCCAAAGACGCUCCUAGCGGUUUGAAUCAACCAGAACUUCACAGCAUUCCUCAUUCCGCUGGCAGAGCAAAGCGGCCGAAAGACAAAGUAUUCGUUUCAGAUGUAACCUAUCAGAAGAAUGCGGUUUAUCAACCAGACCAACCGAAACCCGAAUCUGAGUACUACGCUGAUCCUCAAUUCAUUCAAUAUCAAGUUCAACCUGCUGGAUCGAUUGCGUAUUUGUCUAAUCAAAAAGGAGCAGAUUAUCAACAGACUCAACCAAGUGGCACUCCGCAGGCACAAGGGCUGAGCCAGUAUCAGUCCGGUACCACUAGUAAACCCAAUAACCACUCUAGGCAAAGAGUGCAGUACCUUUUGGUUCCUGAAGUAGCAAAACCAGCUCAAAGGUAUCGAAGCCAACAAUAUUCAGGACAACAGGAGCAAUCACAGCAGUCCCAACCGGCUUAUUUGGGCCCAACUGAUGAAGAAUACGAACAGUCGGAAUUGAAGCAAAAAUUAGGAAGAAAUUCCAGUUUACGCGUGCUAAAAACGGGAAAACCAAUUGUGUUUAUCGGCCAUGAAGAGUAGCUCUUUGUUAUAGAUUUAAUUUAGUUUAAAUUCUUUUAGUACUUUCAUAUUUUUAAUUUAUUUGCAAUGACAUAGUAAAUUUGCCGCAUAAAGUUUUUACCUGAUUUAUAUAUAAAAUAAAAUAAAAUUCGUUUUUA